AUGGGAAAGAAGGCAUUCGCCAAGAAAACCAAACCCAGCUGCCGAGGAACCCCUGAGGCACACCCACAGCCAAACCCACCAGCACCCGUCGCUCAGCCACCACCCAUGGUUUCCUUGGAUGCCAUGAUGGCAUUUCUUCGCCAACAGGACCCAACUAGGGACUGGACGACGGCUCUGACCAGUUUCGGCCAAACGGGGGGCGUCGGAACCACAUCCAGCGAAGCUCCGCCUGCGCCGGUCAGUCAUGCAGCAGUUUCAGUACCGGAUUCGGCAGAACUCGACGCUAUCGCCGCACAUUACGACUCCGACUCUGAGGAGCGUAAGAAAAAGUCGAGCCAAGUAGGAAACGGGGAGAAAGCCACAUCAGGAACCAUACCGGAGGGCCGACCUUCCCAGUUAGUAGGAGGGGAAGGAGGAGUCCCGAGUAAAGAAAAAGAACCAGUAGACCCCCAAGUGAAAGCCGGGGAUGAUAGAAUGCGAGUAGAAGAGGAAAGUACUGCGUCUACGGAAGUCAAGGACACAGGAGCAGAGAUAGCAGAGCCAGAAGUAGAAGCACCCACCCCAGUGGCACCUCAGGUUGUAAAACCGAUUCCGGUCAGCAAGGCAAAACCGAACACGGUGGAGGACCCCAUAGAGAUCGCAAGCGAGGAAGAGCGAGCCACUCCGAAAAUGGCUGAAAGUGAACCUGUUCAAGCUACUGAUCAGGAAGACACAGGGGUGUCUCCAGUACAGAACGAACCGGGCACGACAACGGAAGGAAUGGCUGGGGGACCGAACCUCAUAUCGGAGUCAGGAAGGUCUGAUGGAUCUGAGAAGGACGAGGCCUUACUCCAAGCUGAGGAGGAAGCCAGAAUGGAGAAAGCGAUGGAGGAAGUUAGAGAGGACAAUAAGCAGUUGAAAGCAGAGAUGGUCAAGCUAGCGGGAGUAGUGGAACGGAUGUUGGAAGGGUCUGCAGAGCAGAGGACAUUGACUCAGAGGCAAGCUGUUAUGGAGACCAUAGUGACUAAGUUAGGAGAGGAGAACCAGCGAUUGAUAACGGAGAUGGGCAGAAUGGAUUCCGUGAUAGAAGAGUUACUGGAGGAAGUAACCAGCCAGAGGAAGGAACAAGCUGGAGGAGUGAGGGGCAGUGUAGCCCAAAAUACUGGACCAAGCGGCCAUGGAGGCCAAGAGAAGGAAGCCGAGGUGCCGGCAGAGGCCGAGGAAUCGGCGAAGGACGAUACGGACCGAACUGAGACGGAAGAGGAACGACUGAAGGAACAAUCUGCACCGCCUGCCCCACGGAGGAGCAGGAGACUUCGCUAG